AAAACCCGCUUCUGCUCCGCCGUUCUUGCUCUGCUGCCGUCGUCCAUGCCUCCUCUGCGCAAGAACUUCCCCGCCUCCACAGACUACGUCGACAGGAAGCAUGGCCCGCCGCCGAGCCCCGAGGAGCUCGAUGCCCUCUGCGCCCGCGCCGACGAGCUGAUCGCCAACCUCGACCUCGAGAAGGGCUAUGCCGCCUUCAAGGUGGCUGCCUCCUGGAGCCAUCCCCAGGGGCUGAUGGGCUUGGGCCUCUGCUACCGGUUCGGCUUUGCUGUCGCCGUCGAUCUGAAGCAAGCGUUCGAGCUCUUCUGGGACGCAUCCAGAAAGGCGCACCCGCAGGCCAUCUUCAUGGUCGGCCACUGCUGCGAGGAGGGCAUCGGCGUGGACCGCAACCUCGAGGCCGCCCUCCAGCACUAUGUCGUCUCGGCGACCUUUGGCCACCUGGAAGGCAUGCUCAAGGCUGCCGAGAUGCACGAGGCCGGGCUCGGAUGUGCCCACAACGAGGAGCGGGCGCUCUUCUUCUACAAGAUGGCCGCCGAGGCCGACCACGUCCCGUCGAUCCUGCGGGUCGCCCGAGCAUUCGACUAUGGAUUCAUCUAUCCCCAGCGACCCAGGGAGGCUUUUGCCUGGUAUCUUCGGGCCGCCCGCCAGCACAGCGCCGAAGCCCAGAUCCAGGUUGCAUGCUGCUACUACACCGGCAACGGCGUGCCCAAAGACCUCAACCGAUGCAUCGAGUGGCUGAAGCAUGCCAACAGCCACGGAUGCAGCUAUGCGAGGAAGAACCUGGAGCUCCUGAUGCACGAGGUCCAAGGCAAGCAGACUCUGGAGCCGCCUCCGAGCCACCUCACCGACAGCAGCAACCACACAGCGCCGGAAUAGCAACUCCAGCUUCGGCUUAGCGAAACAAACUACUCUUUGGACGACCAGACUGCCACCAGUGCCACCCACUGCCAGCUGAAACCACCUGCUGGUCCAUCAGCGCAUCGAAUGCUUGUAUCAAUGCUUGUAUCCAUCAAUGCUUGUAUUCAUUGCACACUGCAAGUCUCGCAGCGACCGUCCGAGCAGAUGUCUUCUUCUCCAACGUUCACCCUCCGGAGCUGUGCGAUCGAUUGGUGCAGUUGAGACGGCUGUCCCGGCCUCAAUGAGGCAUAAUGUCGCAUCCAUGGGUGGCCGUCCCUUCCGGCAUCAUGGUUGAAUACACUGGCUGUGGCGUCCAUGCGGCAGUCUGGACAAGCAAACG